AUGGUGAGGCUGCCAUUUUCCUCACCGCCGACGACACUUCAUGAAACUCGUCGGCCAGCGGAGCGCCUCCUAGGAGCUAUGGAGAGCAAGGGAAGCCGAGAUCCUCGAUUUGGCGACCUCUAUCGAGGCUUCAUGCAGGAGUACGAGGACCUGCAACACAUGAGGAAAGUCAACACGCCGACAACCGCUUCCAGUCUCAAGUGCUACUUAAGGCACUACAGAGUCCUGAAAGAGUCGAGCACGACUACAAAACUCCGAGUCGUGUUUAACGGCUCUCAACGUACACGGCCCGGUACUUCGCUGAAUUUGUAUCUCAUGACUGGUGCGAAUCUUUUACCAGCGCUCACCGACGUGCUACUGCGGUGGUGUUGGCAUUGGUACGUUUUCGUCACGGACAUUGAGAAUAUGUACCGACAAAUCCUAGUACAUCCUGAAGAUUGCCGCUUUCAGACAAUCCUGUGGCGCCACAACAAGGCUGACGAAAUCCACAAAUACAAGUUGCUGACAGUGAUCUACGGAAUGGCUUGUGCACUUUUCCUUGCCAUUAGAACGCUGCGGCAACUUUGUGCGGACGAGAGGGCGCAGUUUCCUCAAGGGGCCACGGCGCUUCGGCGUGACUGCUACGUCGACGACGUGGUCACCGGUGCGGACAACCUCAAAGACGCAGUCAACCUCCAGAACUGCGCAAUCUUUGCACGGCGGGCGGAUUUCCAUUGA